CCGCAUGAUACAAAACGCACGUUUGUUAUCAUGGUUUAGUGCUGCAUCGAAAAAAGAGCGAACUUCUACGUAGUUUCUUCAUGAAAUGUGAUAAUUAAGCUACCAUUGGAGAAUUUUGGUCAUUUCUAGAGUUUGAACAAUAGUGCAGCGACAUGGCUGGACAGCAACACCCUUUCCUAUCGGGGUUCCCCAACGUGCAGCAGUCUGCUAUGCGCACACAGUUUGGUGGCGGACAAAUGGUUUCUGGAUUGAUAGGACCACAGCAAGGAAACAUGAUCAAUCCCCAGCAAUUUGGUAUGGGAGUUGGGGUAGGUGUUGGCAACGUUGGACCUAACGCCAUGGGGAUGCCGAACUCUCAAGCCCAGGUCCUAGCGCAGCAGCAGCAGCAACAGCAGUCUAUCGUGAUGCAACAACAAAUGCAGCAGAUGCAACAGCAACAGUUGCAGCUGCAGCAGCAGCAGCAGGCUGCGAUGGUUCAACAGAACAACCAAGCUAACGCUCAGGCGACAACCCCGCAGACUCCGGUUCCGCCCACUCAGCAACCACCGCCGCCGCCGCAGCAGCAGCAAAAUAAGGAAUUUAACACCGCUAGCCUGUGCAGAUUCGGGCAAGAAACGGUGCAGGAAAUUGUUAGUCGUACCCUGGAGCUCUUCCAAACGCUCAAAGUCCUUCAACCGCCCAACGGUACCGCGCAAGGGGCAACGAUGGCCAACGAGAAGAAAAAUAAAGUGGUCGAGCAGUUGAAAAUGUUGAAAAUGAUGUACAAACGUUUGAGACUGAUAUACGAGAAAUGUAACGAGAACUGCCAGCUACAGGGCAUGGAAUACACGCACAUAGAAAGCUUAAUUCCACUGAAAGAGGAAUGGGACAUGAAAUCUGACGAGAAGAAAUCCUCGGAAGCUUACAGGCUCGCUUGCGAAGAGAGCAAGGAAGUUAUGGAGCAAGUGGUAUUAAAGAAUAGGCACAUUAAGGAGGUAAUUGACCAUUUAAGGCGCAUUAUUUCGGAAAUAAACACGAUGUUAAAUAUGCGUCGAUCUUAGGCUACCAAAAAUGUAGAUAAAUAUUUCUGUACAUUAUCAUAAAAAUAUAUACAAAAAAAUGAA